GAGACGCUCACAUUGCAAAAACAAAACCAACAAGGAACUUGUCUCUCUCUCUGGCUCUCUUUCUCUUAACGUGAUCAUAACGUGAUUCGAAAAUUGGAUAUAGAUAGGUUUCUUGUUGGAUCUUGAUCCCUCUGGAAAAGGAGGGGAGAAUAGCAGUUCAUGAUGGGAUUUUGUAUCUGCCCGUUGGAGUCACCUGCGAGAUUACUAUGGAGUACAAGCUUCUUCCGCCAUAAGAUCAUGAUCUUCUAAUCCUUCCUACUUCUUCCCAUCUUUUUAAUCAUCUUCUCGCUAUCUCUGCUUCCUCUUUCUCUCUGUUUCCUCUUUCUCAGAACUCAGAAGUAGUUGUUGUUUUAUUUCUGUUGAUCAAAAAUGGAAUCCAAUUCGUUUUUCUUCGAUCCAUCUGCUUCACACGGCAACAGCAUGUUCUUCCUUGGGAAUCUCAAUCCCGUCGUCCAAGGAGGAGGAGCAAGAUCGAUGAUGAACAUGGAGGAAACUUCGAAGCGAAGGCCCUUCUUUAGCUCCCCUGAGGAUCUCUACGACGAUGACUUUUACGACGACCAGUUGCCUGAAAAGAAGCGUCGCCUCACUACCGAACAAGUGCAUCUGCUGGAGAAAAGCUUCGAGACAGAGAACAAGCUAGAGCCUGAACGCAAGACUCAGCUUGCCAAGAAGCUUGGUCUACAGCCAAGGCAAGUGGCUGUCUGGUUUCAGAAUCGCCGAGCUCGUUGGAAAACAAAACAGCUUGAGAGAGACUACGAUCUUCUCAAGUCCACUUACGACCAACUUCUUUCUAACUACGACUCCAUCGUCAUGGACAACGAUAAGCUCAGAUCCGAGGUUACUUCCCUGACCGAAAAGCUUCAGGGCAAACAAGAGACAGCUAAUGAACCACCUGGUCAAGUGCCCGAACCAAACCAACUUGAUCCGGUUUACAUUAAUGCGGCAGCAAUCAAAACCGAGGACCGGUUAAGUUCAGGGAGCGUUGGGAGCGCGGUACUAGACGACGACGCACCUCAACUACUAGACAGCUGUGACUCUUACUUCCCAAGCAUCGUACCCAUCCAAGACAACAGCAACGCCAGUGAUCAUGACAAUGACCGGAGCUGUUUCGCCGACGUCUUUGUGCCCACCACUUCACCGUCGCACGAUCAUCACGGUGAAUCAUUGGCUUUCUGGGGAUGGCCUUAGAAAACCACUCUGAUAAUAAAUGUGUGUUUAUUUAAGUUCAAGAGUCAUCUUCUUGUUGUUUCCAUGUUGACGAUAAUUGUUGACUCGUGGAAUAAUUCCGCUGUUCAACGGUAUUUUUAUCAGUUGCAUUAUAUGCUUUUAUGAAAUCAAGUCAAUGCAGUGUUCUGAUUUGAAGUUAAAAAGAUUGAUCUUCUUCAGAAAGCCUCUCUAGAGAGAAAGAGAGAGAUUAUAAAGAAUAAUUGAAGUUUCCGU